UGUUAGCCUCGGUGUGAUUAGAGACGCACCGGCUCGUCCUCCUCCCGGUGCUGUUCGGACGGAUCUGACCCGCUGAGACUCUCCCUGCCGCCCAAACACACACCACACACACACAGUCCAGACGUGCUGUGACUCCAGAAGUGAAGAUGAUUAAGCUGUUCUCCCUGAAGCAGCAGAAGAAAGACGAGGAAUCUGCAGGAGGCAACAGGAGCGGCUCCGGGGGGAAGAAAGCCAGCGCGGCCCAGCUCCGGAUACAGAAAGACAUCAAUGAGCUGAACCUGCCAAAGACGUGUGAGAUCAACUUCCCCGACGACGAUGACCUCCUCAACUUCAGACUCAUCAUCUCACCGGACGAGGGCUUUUACAAAGGAGGAAAAUUUGUCUUCAGCUUUAAGGUAGGACAAGGUUACCCCCACGACCCCCCCAAGGUAAAGUGUGAGACGAUGGUGUACCACCCCAACAUCGACCUGGAGGGAAACGUCUGCCUAAAUAUCUUAAGAGAGGACUGGAAGCCGGUGUUGACAAUAAACUCCAUCAUCUACGGUCUACAGUAUCUAUUUCUAGAGCCAAACCCCGAGGAUCCGUUGAACAAAGAGGCGGCGGAGGUUUUGCAGACGAACCGGCGGCUGUUUGAGCAGAACGUCCAUCGCUCCCUGCGGGGCGGCUACGUGGGCGCCACCUACUUCGAGAGGUGUCUUAAAUAACUCGGCGUCCCAUGAUCCUCCAGCUCCCCCCUCCCCUCCCCCCACCCCCCCCUCCUCCUCCU